UUUAUGUCAGCCACGUUGGAAGUGCCAACUCGGUGUUUUUAUGGUAAAUAAUAAUUAAUCUUACAAAAAUUUACUUAAAAGGAUGUAAAAAAGUAUUUUACAUUUCCUCCUGCUUCUUGUGGAUGUGUGAGAUUGUGGCUUAAAGAUGAAAUUGAAAGAAUUGAAGAGGACUGUGAACGUGAGUUGGUCACCAGCGGAGCAUUACCCGGUGCUGCUGGCGGCCGGCUCCGCGGGCCAACAAGUUGAUGCAUCGUUCAGCUCAAACUCGUAUUUGGAGAUAUAUGGACUGAACUUACAAGACCCCGGACUGGAUCUAGAGCUCAAAUCAAGCUUACAGACGAAGCACAAGUUUCAGAAAUUAGUGUGGUCUGGUGCAAAUGUUAUAGUUGGUGGCUGUGAUGGAGGAUUAUUGGAGUUCUACAGCGCGGACAAACUCUUGAAAAAUUCCAGUGAAGCUUUACUUGGCACCAGCACUAAACAUAGUGGCCAUGUCUCAGCCCUGGAUAUCAACCCGUACCAGAAGAAUCUCCUGGCUUCCGGUGCUUCAGAGUCGGAGAUCUUCAUAUGGGACCUGAACAACACGAGCCAGCCCAUGGCUCCGGGGAACAAGAGUCAGCCGUAUGACCAUGUGCAAGGGUUGGCGUGGAAUCAACAGGUUCAACACAUUUUGGGAUCGACAUUUUCAACGAGAUGUGUUGUAUGGGAUUUGAGGAAGAAUGAACCUAUAAUGAAAUUAAGCGACUCUCAAUCCCGGACAAGAUGGCGGUCGCUGGCGUGGCACCCGUCCGUGGCGACGCAGCUGUGCAUAGCUUCCGAGGACGACCAGGCGCCGGUCAUACAGCUGUGGGACUUGAGGCUGGCGGCGUCUCCCCUGGUGACGAUGGAAGGUCACAGCAAGGGCGUGAUGUCGGUGUCGUGGAGUCCACACGACACCGACCUGCUGCUGUCCGCCGGCAAAGAUGGCCGCCUGCUGUGCUGGAACCCCAAUGACACUACGCCGGGCGGGCGCCUGCUGCUGGAGCUGGCGCGGCAGCCGCAGUGGCUGCUGGAGGCCGCGUGGAGCCCGCGCGCCGCCGCGCUGCUGGCCGCCAGCUCCUUCGACCAGCAGCUCGCCGUGCACUCGCUGCUGGGCGGCGCCGCCGGCGGCUCGAGCACGGCCGCCCAGAGCAGCAACAUCCUGGAGUCGUUCGGCGCGGCGUCGCUCGGGGAGCUGCCGCUGGUGGCGCGGCCGGCGCCGGCGCCGCUGCCGCAGCUGCCCGCCGCGCCGCGCUGGCUGCGGAGGCCCGCCAGGGGGAAGUUCGCUUUCGGCGGGAAACUGUUGACAUUCGGCAAAAGUUCACAAGAAGGCGACACGCAGAGACAUGUCUACAUCAGUCAAGUUGUGAGCGAGCCGGAAAUCGUGGAGAAAGCGGCGGAAGUGGACGCCAUAUUGAAUUCCUGUCUCAGUCAAGACCCGUCGGCCACGGAACAACUAGCAGAGUAUUGCCGGCAGCAAGGAGACGCCAGUUCAGACCAAACCGAGCGCUACAUGUGGUUCUUCCUGCGAGCCAGCUUCCUGCCCAGCUUCCGCGGCGAGCUGUUAGACUUGCUGGGUUUCAAACAAGACGACAUACCGUCCAAGUUCAAGAGUUCAGGUGACGUCACGCAACCGGAUAUCGUCGGUCUCAGCCGGCAGGGCGAGUCCACGGAGACCGAGGCGGAGUUGUCCACAGACACCAGCACUGAUGUCUCGGACGUCCACGCGUUGAUAGAAAGAAAACUGGCCAAUUUGGACUUGGCACCCGCCGUCAACAACGUGGUUAUACCAAAUGGGGAAGAUUCGACAAGUUUAAUCUGUCGCGCAUUAGUCUGUGGUAACUUGGAAGAAGCUGUUGAAUUGUGUUUGGACGCGAAAAGGGUGGCUGACGCACUUAUUAUUGCUUCUUUGGGCAGUCAAGAGCUCCUAUACAAAGUCCAGAAAUACCACUUGAAUCAAACUGCCCAAGAUCCCGUCUCCCUCCUGGCUGGUAGCUUGCUGCAGUCCAAAUGGGAUCAGUUGGUUGAAGGCAGCUCACCCAGGAGUUGGCGGGAAACCCUCGCGGCUCUCAUCACGCAUUGCGAUGGAGAAGCCUUGGCGCAUUAUUGUGAAAUGCUCGGCGACAAGCUCUCAAAAGAAUCCGACCCGUCAUUUGCUGAAGCGCGCACGCUCAGUUAUUUGUGUGCGCUCAGCCCGCGCUCGUUCGAAACCGCGCCCCGCUCCCCCCCCGCGCACCUCCCGCGGCUCGCCCUGCGCGCGCUGCUCGCUCACAGCGCGCCCGGCGCCCGGCGCAGGCAGAUACAGCCGGGCGGAAAAAUCUACCAAAUUCUGAGUGAAUAUGCUCUGCUUUUGGUGUCUCAAGGGUGCCUUCAAAGCGCGCUCAAUAUACUAGAAGUAGGGAUAGACAGCGACCUGAAGGAGCGGCUACAGCGGGCAUUAGGGCUGGUUCAGAGAGGACACCAAGCUUACACACAGCAGAAUGCCGCCGCCGCGCCCCGCCCGCGCGCCGCCCCCGCGCGCAAGGGCUCCCACGUGUUGGCGCACAGUGACGUCAGCAACACAUACAGCGCCGUGCCACCGGCGUACGAACCUCAGUCGUGGCAACAAGCCUCUGUUCCGGCCGCAUUCCCGACACACUCGCAACCCGGGUACCACCCACAACCGCCGAUACAACCGCCCACGCAACCACCUACGCAUCCACCUCAACCACCGAGACCGGGCAGUGUCGGGCCACAGAGCGGCGGUAUCACCUCCCGAUCGAAGUACAAAGUGGAUCCCUCCGUCCAAUCGGCGCCUCUUUACAAUCAAUACAGUUUCAACAACCAACAGCAGCCUUACGGAGGCUUUAACAGUCCAAUACCGGACCAGUACGGUUCCAGCGUUCCUAAUCCGUUGAAUCCAACCAAUCAGAUGAAUCCGAUGGCCAAUCAAAUGAAUCCGUUGUCUAAUCAAAUGAAUCAGAUGUCUAAUCAAAUGAAUCCGAUGUCUAAUCAAAUGAAUCCGUUGUCUAAUCAAAUGAAUCCAAUGUCUAAUCAAAUGAAUCCGAUGUCAAAUCAAAUGAAUCCGAUGGGCAAUCAAAUGAAUUCGAUCUCUAAUCAACCGAAUCCGGCGGUAAAUGGAGGGUAUUAUAAUCCCCAGCCAGUAGAAUCGGCGCCUCAGGUGCAGAGUAAGCCGGUCCCGCCUGGGUGGAAUGACCCGCCUAUGCUUAGCUCUAAGCCGAAGCCAAAACCAGAAGUAUCGUCUGCGCCGGCGCCGAUCACGCACCCCCUGUUCGGCGCCGAGCCGCAGCACGUGCCGCUCAACCCGAUGUUGCCGCAACAGUCGCAGCAACAGUUGCCGCAACAAUCGCAACAGUACGGCUACGAACAGUUCGCGCCGCAGUAUGGCGUCCCGCCGCAGAAUUUUAGCAGACAGGUAGAAAGUCCAGCACCGGUCGCUCAAAUAGCCGAGCCGCAGGAGAAGUCGCCGAUACCUGAACAACAUAUCAUACUCCAGUCUGUAUUCGAUGGCUUGAGAAAAGAAUGCGCCGACAGGGCGCCCAACCCACAAACCAAGAGGAAAUUGGAUGACGUUCAGAGAAGACUUGAAACGUUGUACGAUUUACUUCGAGAUUAUAGGCUGUCAGAAAACGCGCUGAGCACGCUCCACGGUUGCGUCUCGCACGCACAGCGGGGUGAAUACGACCUCGCCGCGCAGCUCAGCACGUCUCUGGCCACGGGCCCGGACUUCGCCACCGUGGCGUCUUUCUUGCCCGGCCUCAAGGUGUUGCUGCAACUAGCUGGCCAGUUACAAGUCUAUAUGCGAUGAGAAUAAAAUGUUUCUUUGGAGCUAUGUAUGUAUGUACUUUGUUUUCGAAAUUGUUCGAUGUUUAAAUGUAGUUUGAUUUAAAUUUUUUAUGUUAUCUGUGGCAUAUUUGUUAGCCGGCUGCAACUUAUGGUAGACUUUAAUUUUUUAAAUUAAUUUAUUUUUAAAAUUGUGUGUAUUUUUUAAACGAGGUGGCCUGUCAAACAUACUAAAGAUGCUAUUCGAAUGGAAAGUAUAAAAUAAUUUUUUUUUUGUUAAAUAAAUAUUUAAAUUUUUUAUAUUUGAUCUAAAUAAAUAUAAUAAAGUAGGAUGAGACAUAAAUUAACAGUUUCAAAUAGGAAUAAACCCAACAAUAAAAAAUGUAAAGUUUAAAAAAUAUGUAUGAAAUCUUUAAAAAAUGCAGGUGUUUUAAAUGGCUUCCUCUAAUUUAUUUAAACGUUAUUUGUCUCGAAGAUAAAAUAUAAUGUGUGUAUUACAUAAGUAACCAUAAAUUGAGUACUCUCUGUAUAAAAAUAUAUAAAUUCUAAUUAUGUAUGAAAAAGUCACAGAAUACGUAAGUGUGAAUUAAAGUUCUUUACAGGCUUGGUUGAUAUAUGUAAAAAUAAUGCUCACAAUUCUUAUAUAUUUAACGUACAAAGUUAUACGAUUUUGUUUGCAAUUAUAAUAUAAUUUUACAUACAGAUACAUUAUUAAAGUAAAUACUUUUGUUCGUCCGAACAUUGGCCCGCUUCACAUCUCCUAUUAUCAAUUAUAAAAUUGUUAAUAAAUAAUGUUAGACAAGUAGUUAACAUUUUUCUGAAGGUGCCUUUGAUGAAAUGUGGUUAGGUUAAGUAUGGAUUGAUGCAUUAUUAACCAAAAAUCUUAAAUAGCGGGAGCGAUGAUUCGGCUCGACCGCCACCAAAGGGAAGAACUUCCGCCAGGCUGGUGUGAUGCCUGGGGGACCGCGUGAAAGACUAUUUUGUGUCAGAGUUUGCAUUUAAUCUCCAAUCCGUGAAAUCUUUGUUUGCGCGAUUUAGACUCUUCGCUGCUAUUGGCUGAGCGCGUCAUUUUCUUCGCUAUGAUUGACAGUUGGUGUGUGACGUUAGUGAUGUCGCCACUGUACUCCUUAAUUGACAGGAGUCCAGCAGUUUUGCGAAAUAAUAUUAUGUUCCAUAUAAAUACGUAUUGUGUUUGCUAAAUAUAAUUAAAUUAUAGUCUAUAAUUUUACAAAGCACAGAAGCCAGUUUUCCUAUAUGUAUAAUAAAACUAUGGUAUUGUUAAUUCUGUAAGUACAUAAAAAAUAUUAAAAAAUUAUAGUAUAGUAUAUAUAAAAAAUAAUAAUUAAAUUGGUACCGAAUCUAAAAAUAUGAUUAAUAAUUUUUUGUCUAACUGUGUAUUUAAACAUCAUGCACAAAAUACCAGUUGCUAUGCAAUUUGAUAUGUAUUACUUGGGCAACACAACUAAGUUUGUUUUUUUUUGUUGCGUACGCGCAACAAAAAAAAACAAACUUAAUUUUUCAGUCCAAUCCCUAGACACGAUUAUUAUACCACCUGCAAAUAAUAAGUUUGUCUCUCGCCUUUGAAGAAUUCUGCUGUAAAACUGACUACUGACAAUUCGUCCAAUAAACAUCUCAUUGGCAGAUGAUUUGUCACUAUUUUCAAAUUGCCAGGCGUAAACAAUAUAAUUUAAUAUUUUUAUUUUUAUAUACCUAUGUUAUUCCUCGAUUUUUGUCUCAGUCCAACUGUUUUUAUAUUAAUUUGGCUUCCUACUUGCUCCAAAGACAUUUUCCCUAACAGAACUGAUAUUUAAUGUUUUUGAGUAUCGACGCAUGUUUUGUUUAAACGCUGAUUAAUUAAUUAAUAUAUUAAUAACGAUGUAUUAUAGAUUUAUUAUAUUGAAAUAUAUUUUUAGAAAUAAUA